AUUAUUGCAGUGGUGUGGGGAGGAAUUUCAAUUAUGAGUGGUCAUGUAUCAGCUGAGCAACUAACUAAUCUGUUGGAGCAAGUGAAAAGGUUCUUCAGUUAAUGGACUUGUUGCCCAGCGACCAAGUCUUAUCAAAAGGUGUGAAGUUGCAGAGGGUAAUGGGACAUAUUCAGUUUGUAAAUGUUUCUUUUCGCUAUCCUUCAAGGGCAAAAACCCCCGUACUAGAUGGCAUAAAUGUUUCCGUACAAGCACAUGAAGUGGUUGCAAUUGUUGGUCUGAGUGGUAGUGGAAAAAGCACAUUGGUGAAUCUUUUGCUUCGUCUUUAUGAACCAAUCACUGGUCAGACUGUCAUCAAAUUUUGUUCUGACAUGAAAGCAAAAAGAACCGUCAUUGUCAUAGCACGCAGGCUUUCAACCAUAAAAGCUGCUGACAGAAUCGUUGUAAUGGAUGUUGGUCGAAUCACUGAGAUGGGUAAUCACACAGAGCUCCUCGAGAAGGAUGGAUUAUAUGCAAAAUUGGUUGGAGCUCAAACAGAUACUUUGGCUUGACCCAGCAAUAUGAUUCAGAUGUUCUUUUGAAAACACUAGUGAAAUAGCGUUCAUCCCAUUUUUCUCUCCAUAAUGCUCAAUUUUGGAUUUCUCCAUUGUGUAGUAGGCUGGGCCUGGGCCUUUAUAUAUAUUUUUUCCAACAAUAAAAAGUGAAAGAAGAAAAAUCGUCAUGGAUUGCCACAUCAGACUCAAAUAGAGGUGGACGGACGCAGAACAUCACGUACAAGUACAACUUAAAACUUACAACACAAGAAUAUUGCUUUUAUAGUGGAAAAAGGGAAUUGACUUGUAGACCAAAGGUCUCAUGGUAUCUUAGUUGUGUGUGUGAGAAACCCCUUGUUUUCCUAUUGUUGAGCACUAUAAUAAGAAUAUGGAUGCCGACAUACGGGGCAUCACAAGUGAUCUUUC